CCCAUCCGCAAGCGCCGUGAAAUUCUGGAAGCCAACAUGACAGUCGUUCCCGAUCGUGUGCUACUCUCCGAAAAGCAUAAUGUUUCGAGUGUUUACGAGCCUGGAAAACGUCACUGGAUGAAAAUCAAGAAGGACUACCUGGGUGAGGGUGCUAUGGCAGAUUCAGCUGAUCUCAUCGUCCUCGGCGCCUACUUUGGAACUGGCAAUAAGGGUGAGUGCAUUACUCUUUACAAACGUUUUACUGUGGCUUUGCAGGUCAGGACGUUAGCAAAGCUUUUAGCAGCAGCUUCGGAAUCCGAUGAUAUCCUCUUGCAUGGAAUGCAGGAUGAAUGA